AUGAAAAUAGCAUUGAUUCUGGUUGCAGCAACCUUAGUUUCUGCAUCAUCAAUUUCACCAUAUUCUAAAUUGAACUAUUCAAAAUAAAGAUCAAUAAGUGCUGUUCUAACUGAGGUAGAGGCUAAACUACAAAAUAAUUCUCCAUUGAAUUCAAUUCUCAAUGUUCUAAAAUAAUUCAAAGAUGCAGUUAAUGUUGAGUAAGUAAAUCAUGAUGAAAUCUACCUUCUGCAAGAUAAUGAAUGUUAUUCAGAAUUUGAUUUUAGAAGCAAAGAAGUAGAGGAUGCUUCUAAUGUUGUGAGAGAUUCAACAGCCUAACUGAAUGUGUGUAAGACCUCUAAAAUUAGAACCACUAAUUAAUAAGAAGUUAAUUAAUAAUAAUUAUUCACAUAUCAAGAACAUUUGACAUUAAUUCUUGCAACUGCUGAAAGCGAAUAAGGAUAUUUCAAAAAAAGAGGAAGAGACUAUGAAGACUCUCUUCAUGCUAUUGACGAAGCACUUGACAUCUUAUCAGGUAUUGCUAAUGGCAAAAGGAGCUUUGCUGAGUUAAGCAGUGUAAGUAAAUCAAUGCUAUAGACAUCAUUCAAUAUUUAGAAAACUUUCAAUUAUGCUCCAAUCUUUUAUGCUUUUUCAUAAUUAGCAUCACAAUAAGAUUUAGUUGACCCAAGUUAAAUUGAGAGAGUUGAAUAAUUGUUACUCUAGUUGAGAGAAAAUAUCAAUGACACCUACAAUGAAUUUACAGUUUCAAAUGCUGCUUCAGUUGCUGCUUUUAAUGAUUAGAAAGAUAGAAUCAAUAUUAUCUUAAAUAGAUUAGCAAAUUAAGAAGAAAGAUUGCAAGAUAAAUUAGAUCAUUUAAAUUAAUGCAUUGGAACUUAAUCAGCAAUUGUUUAAGCAGCAUCAACAAAGUUAGAGAGAAAUCAAUAACUAUGGGAUCAAGCAGUUGCAUUAUGCAAUACUUUCGAAAUAGAAUACUACAGUGCCACAAGAGCUAGGAGAUCUGAACUUAGAUUGAUUACUGAAUUAGAGGACCAUGUUAACGAAAGGUUUGGAGUAAUCAAAUAAAAAAAACCACAUAAAUUAGUGAGAUAUGCAAAGCUGAAAUAUUGA